CGGAGUGAUUUCGCGAGAUUUUCGCUUGGCGCCGUGACCCCCCAUGUGAGAGCAGCAGCUCCUAGUAAACACUCCCAGGGCUGCUCAGACAUGGCUACCCGGCGCGUACACUGCUAGACAAUAACAACAACAUCAUCGCCAGUGUGUGAGUUGCUCAGUGAAGCAUCGUCAGAUCCGUCGGCGCAGCCUGCACCCCGCACCCCCGAUCGUCAGCCUGUCUUUGUUUUGCUGCUGGGGGCGGCUGUCAUUGGAUGCCCUAAGACGGUAAAGCAGGUGAUUGUUGUGUAUCCGAUCGUCCGAUCUGCAACGAUGUGGAUCCAGGUGAGGACCAUAGACGGCACGGAGACCCGCACGAUUGAUGACCUGUCUCGGCUCACCAAGAUCGAGAGCCUCCGGUUAAAGAUCGAGGAGAGUUUUAACGUCAGCCCGGACAGACAGAGGCUCUUCUACCGGGGCAAGCAGCUGGAAGAUGGACAUACACUCUUUGACUACAACGUUGGAUUAAAUGACAUUGUCCAACUCUUAAUCCGUUCGCAGUCUGAGGGCAGCAGCAAUUCUUCAAAGAAAAAGGAAGGGGAAAGCAAAGUUCAGUUAAAUUCUACAAAUAAGAAGUUGCGUGUAUCCACUCCUUCAGUUCAGCCCUCCACUUCUGCCCGAGCCUUCCUGAUUGAUCCGGGAAUUGGAAUUUACAAGAUCAAUGAGUUGGUGGAUGUCCGCGAUGUAACCAUUGGAUCCUGGUUUGAAGCGCGCGUUGAAAAUGUUACAAGAGCUGCAAAAGGACAGAAAAAUGGCAAGGCUCAUGUUAAGGGGGGCAACUCUUACAAGGGGACUAAUGGCAGUGUGAACGAGGAUCAUUCCGUUGAGAAUUCUCAUAUGUCGGACUCUGGCCCUUCUACUUCUUUCUCGGAUUAUGUGGAUGAUGAAGAUGUAUCUUAUUUUAUAAAAUAUGAUGAUUAUCCUGAAAAUGGAGUUGUAGAGAUUGAGAGCUCUAAUUUGCGACCCAGAGCAAGAACCAUCUUGAAGUGGAGCGACCUCAAAGUGAGUGACAUUGUAAUGGUGAAUUACAACAUGGAGAAUCCAGAGGAGCGUGGGUUUUGGUUCGAUGCUAAAGUAACAGAACUGAAGGAACAUUCUAGAACUAACAAGGAAGUCUAUGCGAAGAUUUUAUUGGGUGGUCCUGAAGAUGCUAUUACUGAUUGUAAGAUAGUUUAUUCUGAGGAAAUUUACAAGAUCGAAAAGCCUGGGGCAUACCCUCUGUCAUCUGGAGAUGGAGAUUUUAAGAGGAAAAGUGGUCCGGAAUGUAAGUACUGCAAAGCGGACCCAGAAACAGAAUGCAGAUUUUGUUCCUGUUAUGUGUGUGGAGGGAAGCAGGAUGCCCAUAUGCAGCUGCUGUGUGAUGAGUGUAACAUGGCCUACCACAUUUACUGCCUAAACCCACCACUGCCAAAAAUACCUGAAGAUGAAGACUGGUAUUGUCCUUCCUGUAAAAAUGAUUCAACUGAAGUUGUAAAGGCUGGUGAAAAACUGAGACAAAGUAAAAAGAAGGCAAAGAUGCCCUCAGCUAGCACUGAGAGUCAGAGAGAUUGGGGCAAGGGAAUGGCCUGCGUUGGGCGCACUAAAGAGUGCACUAUUGUUCCAUCAAAUCAUUAUGGUCCCAUCCCUGGUGUUCCUGUUGGGGCAUUAUGGAAAUUCCGAGUGCAGGUUAGUGAAGCAGGUGUCCAUCGGCCUCAUGUUGGUGGAAUUCAUGGCCGGAGCAAUGAUGGUUCAUACUCUCUUGUGUUAGCGGGAGGAUUUGAAGAUGAAGUGGAUCGUGGUGAUGAGUUCACAUACACUGGCAGUGGUGGUCGGGAUCUUUCUGGAAACAAAAGGAUUGGAGAACAUUCAUUUGAUCAGACUUUGACUCAUAUGAACAGGGCCCUGGCCCUAAAUUGUGAUGCGCCCCUGAAUGAUAAAGAUGGAGCCGAGUCUAAGAAUUGGAGAGCUGGAAAGCCUGUCCGUGUAGUCCGCAGCUCAAAGGGGCGUAGAAUCAGCAAAUAUGCCCCUGAAGAUGGCAACCGAUAUGAUGGCAUUUAUAAGGUGGUAAAAUACUGGCCUGAAAUAGGCAAGUGUGGGUUCCUAGUGUGGAGAUACCUAUUGCGGAGGGAUGACUUGGAGCCUGCCCCAUGGACUGCGGAAGGCAUAGAACGCUCAAAAAACCUUGGAUUGACUUUACAGUUUCCAGAGGGAUAUUUGGAAGCCAUGGCUAACAAAGAGAAAAAAGUCAAGAAACCGCCUACUGAACCCAGUAGUCCGGCCAGUUCAUCGAAUCAGAGUUCCCGGAGCCAGAGUAAACCAAGUACCCCAGAGCACAGCCAUGGCACCCGUAGCAACUCCAAAUAUAGUGGCACCCAAAGCAACGGAAGCCAGAAAAGGCCUAUUGAAGAUGAUGAGACAAAUGAGGACACCUUGCCAUCUAAGUCUAUGAAGCUGUCGGAGGAGGAGAAGGAGGAGCAGGAGGAGGAGGAGGAGGAGACGAAGAAUGAGAAUGAGAAGGAGCAGAAGGAGAAGGGUGGAGAAACAUUUCAACUAACAGAACAGCAGGAUUGGCUUAUUAAAGAGGACUCUCAAAACCAGAAGCUGUGGGACGGAGUUCUGUCUUCCAUUAAGGAGGGCCCUAAAUUUCUGAAAAAUGUUGAGCAAACUUUUAUGUGUGUGUGCUGCCAGGAGUUAGUUUACCAGCCAGUUACAACUGCCUGCCUCCACAAUGUGUGCAAGAGCUGUUUGCAGCGUUCCUUUCGAGCAGAGGUCUACAGCUGUCCAGCAUGUCGCUUUGACCUUGGAAAGACUUACACUAUGGUUCCAAACAAGGUCCUGCAAACACUGCUUGACCAGUUUUUUCCUGGCUACAGCAAAGGACGGUGAUUGCUCCCAUAGCACUUUCCUUUUUGACUUUUUAUAAAUAAAGACAGAUUCAAUAAAUCGCAAAAAAAAAAUAUUGGACCAACAUGCAGUGUGGAAUCGAAACGCCUUCAUCAAAUCGGAGGGAAAUGUUCUUUCCUUGCGUCUUCAUGUCUUCUGUUUUCGACUGUUAAAACAUCCAAGGUAGUCUGUCUCUUAAGACCAUGGAUUUGGACACCAUCUUCACAUUCUGGCUACGACACCUACAGUCUGGCUUGUAUUAACUACCUACCUCAAGACAGAGGAAGAGAAUACAUGGGGACAGCGAGAGUAAAUUGAUCACCUUUUUCUUCACCAAUGCACAGCCUCCUGGAUGUUCAGUCAAUCCUGGUUCAUGACAUUUUUCUGCUCCAGUGCCAAGGGGGUCCACAGAGUGUUGUAGGAAAAAGGCUUGUAGACUCCUUUUUUAGGAAGGAAGGGCUCCACAUACACUGACAGCACUUAAAUACAAAGAGUUGUGUUAGAUUACAGAACCGCAAACUCCAGUUUUUAUUUCAUUCCUUUCCCUUUUUUACUAUGUUUGUUUCCCCCCCCAUUCUUCUUUUGCAAAGCUUAUUUGUAGUUUAUUACUGUGAGCUUCUCUCUGCUUUAUAUUUUGUACCUUAAGCCAGCUGACUACUAAUAUAGCUAAUGAGAACAAUAUGUAUGCAUUGUUGCAACAUUAGUGCAAUGUAAUCUGUGUUUAUUUUUCCUGCUCUUAGAGAUAAUUGAUACUCUAGCAAUGUGAUUUUUAUUUUUUGUCUUUCCAAUACAGAAAGCUACUUUUUUUUUUUUUUUUUUUUUUUUUAUGCCUCAGUAGAGCCUUGUAUCAGUGGCAGUACAAUCUGCAAAGCAUUGCAAAUGGGUGACAGUCAUAGCUUGGAGAGGGUCUAAACUAGCUUCCUAUUGUGAUCUCAAAUUUUAUACACAGUAUAUCCCCUAAAAGUAUACCUUAUUAAAUAUUUUAUGAUUCUGAGAAGUUGCUUAUGUUCUUUUGCUGGUCUAUGCUGUGUACUUGUAGAAACUUAACCCCUUUUUUUCUAUAGAAAUGUUUUUAUAUGAUGCCAUUUUUAUGAAAAUAUUUUGUGUAUUUGCUCAGUGAGGUUUUGUCUGAUCAUUGGUAUAAAGUGGUUUGUGCAUCUUU